AUGGCAAUCCCACAGGAACACCAGCAAAGCCGGACGACGAUAUCUCCAGAAGCCCACAUGACAGAGCAUAUCUCAAGCCAAGGACACCCGGCUAAUAGUGAAAAUAUAACCAUCGCCACCGCCCCAACAUCCACCGGCCAACCCCUAGAACAAGCCAUCCUCAACCUCUCCCUCGCCCACAUAGCCAGCUUCACUACCCGCAACAUGACCACCAACCCCCUCAACCUCCGCAUCAUGAGCCCCACGCUCAAAGGCGACUUCGACAACAUGCCCUUAUCCCGCAACGCCUCCACACACCUGCACAUGGUCGAGAGCACAGCGCGCCAACAUCCGGAGUGGCGAGUUGAAGUUCUCUCUUCGUGCGUAGGUGUAGAUGAGGAAGCAGGGAUGGCGCGGGUCUGGGUCACGCUUGCGGUUUCUGGACUACCACACGCUGGCUUCGAGAAUGUGAGGAGGGAGAGCGUACUCAUGUUGACGUGGAAACGGGAAGGGGAUGGGAGGUGGUUGAUGAGUGAGCAGCGAAACAUUCGGGGGCCGGGGAGGUCUCUCUUCUAA